UUCAGGAGGGACUCCUUACUCCCAUGCUUCACUCUCCUCUGCUUGCUUGUGGGUGGCACAUCCCACCUGCAGCGAUGCAAACUCUCCAAACCUCUUAUCUCUUCUGUGUCCCUAAAACCCUAAACCCUUCCUCUCACCAUUUCGGUUCUCAACGUCGUUCUCUGCUCGUCGGAAACCAACCAUUUUCCAUCAACUUUGUUGCCAAGGCUUUUAGCUCCGAUGAAUUCCCCGUUGACGAGACCUUCCUGGAGAACUUUGGUCCCAAAGACAAAGAAACUGAAGAUGAAGCUCGAAGGCGCAAUUGGAUCGAGCGCGGCUGGGCUCCAUGGGAGGAGGUACUCACUCCGGAAGCGGACUUUGCGCGCAAGAGCUUGAAUGAAGGCGAAGAGGUUCCUCUUCAAUCUCCCGAAGCUAUCGAGGCAUUCAAAAUGCUGAGCCCCAAUUAUAGGAAGAAGAAGAUGGAAGAGAUGGGGUUGACUGAAGACGACUAUUAUCGUAGGCAAUUUGAGAUAAAGGGAGAGAUACCGCCACCUCUGGAGACGUAUUGGGCUGGUCCAAUGGUCAUGCGACUCGUGCCGCCGAGGGAUUGGCCCCCUAGAGGUUGGCAGGUAGAUAGGAAGGAAUUGGCGUUUAUACGCGAGGCACAUAAGCUGCAGGCAGAGAGAAUCACUCUGGAGGAGUUGGAAGCCGGGGUUAGCACGGAAACAGAUGAGUUGUGCUUGGACAGGUACAAGAUGUUUGUCAAGCAAUACACCGAGUGGGUGGAAGCAAACAGGGACAAAUUGGAGGAGGAAUCUUACAAGUAUGAUCAAGAUUACCAUCCUGGUAGGAGGAAAAGGGGCAAGGACUACAAGGAGGGCAUGUAUGAGCUUCCCUUCUAUUAUCCUGGCCAAAUUUGUGAAGGGAAGGUGACAACAUUGCACCUCUAUCAAGGGGCAUUUGUUGACAUUGGUGGGGUAUAUGAUGGGUGGGUUCCUAUAAAGAAUAAUGAUUGGUAUUGGAUCCGCCAUCAUAUAAAAGUGGGGAUGCAUGUCAUGGUUGAAGUUACGGCAAAGCGCGACCCGUACCGCUUCCGAUUCCCUAUUGAACUUCGGUUUGUCCAUCCAAAUAUAGAUCAUCUGAUCUUUAACAGAUUUGACUUCCCGCCAAUAUUUCACCGUGAUGAUGAUGACAACCCAGACGAAAUACGGCGUGAUUCUGGACGACCACCCAUUCCUAGAAAAGAUCCAGGAGACAAACCAGAGGAAGAACCUCUCCUGUCAAACCACCCAUAUGUUGAUAAGUUGUGGCAAAUCAAUGUUGCCGAGCAAACAAUUUUGGAUGACAUGGAGAUUAAUCCUGGAAAAUACGAAGGCAAAAAGCUGUCGGACUUGACUGAUAGCGAGGACUUUGAUGAAGAAAACUCUGUAGAGUAUACACAAGCUUAUUAUAAGAAAACAUUACUACCAAAAGUGAUUCUGAAAACAAGUGUCAAAGAGCUUGACCUGGAGGCAGCACUUGCUGAGCGCGAGUACCAUAAUAAACUGAGGAAGGAAGCAAUGGAGAGAGGAGAAAAAUACAAAGUAGCAAAACUGAGGCGCAACAUUGAGAUGGAUGAGUAUGACUUAAUGCACUGGCGGAGAUCAUUGGAAGAGAGAGAAGCGUUACUUAGAGACAUCAGCUGUCGUAAGUCUCUUGGUCUGCCAUUGGAAGAGCCUGGAAGAUAUGUAGAUGCUAGCUUUUUUGGCAAAGACCAAUAUGAUCCUUCAAGCCCGCUUUAUCGAUAUGAUUAUUGGGGAGAACCCAAGAACUCGGAGAAGAGCAAGCAAGAGAGGAUGGCAGACGCCCAUAACAAAUCAAUAGUGGGAAAGGGUACUUUGUGGUACGAAAUGUCAUAUGAUGAUUGCAUCAAGCAACAGAUGAAAAGGGAAGCCCAGUCCCAAGAACCACAGGAGAAAGCUGACGAUGAAGAUGAAACACAGCACAGUGAUGAAGAUGAAGAUGACGACGAUGACCUUGACUUCAGCGUUCUAAGCAGUCUUGGUAUUAAUGUAUCAGAUCAGCUCCAUGUUAAUGGAACUGAAUCUUCUAGAAUGUCUGAUGCGGGUAUUUUUGAGGACUAAUGCUCUAUACUUUUCUGAGCCGAAGUCAAUUUUGCUUCUUGUAUAGUUGCGCGCGGCUUCUCUCCAAUACCAUUACCGUCCGCUGCCUAUCCUUUUCCUGCAA